AUGGAGCAGCCGCUGCCGCCGGGCCGCCAGCCCGGGUGCACGGCCUUGUCGGACAGCCCACGUUCCGGCGCCCCCUCCCCGGCCGGCACACCUGGCGGGACUUCCUCCGCGGAGACGGCGGCAGCGGUGCUCUCCUUCAGCACCGCAGCUACCGCGGCGGCCGCGGCGCUGGGGAACCAGAGCGACGGGAGCGAGGGCGACAACACUGGCGCCUCGGCCGGAGGCGGCCUCGGCUGGCACGGGGCGGCUGGGGUGGAGGGGAGGCCGCUGCUGUCUCACGGGGGGGCAGUGGCGGCCCAGGCGCUCGUCCUCCUGCUCAUCUUCCUGCUGUCUAGCCUGGGCAACUGCGCGGUGAUGGGAGUGAUAGUGAAACACCGGCAGCUGCGCACCGUCACCAACGCCUUCAUCCUGUCCCUCUCCUUGUCGGACCUGCUAACGGCGCUGCUCUGCCUGCCUGCCGCCUUCCUGGAUCUCUUCACACCGCCCUGGGUCUCGGCGUCCGAACCCGAGGUCGCCGUGGGGCCCUGGCGCGGUUUCUGCGCUGCCAGUCGCUUCUUCAGCUCGUGUUUCGGCAUCGUAUCCACGCUUAGCGUGGCCCUCAUCUCGCUGGACCGCUACUGCGCCAUCGUGCGGCCGCCCCGGGAGAAGAUCGGUCGCCGCCGCGCGCUGCAACUACUGGCUGGCGCCUGGCUGGUGGCCCUGGGCUUCUCCUUGCCCUGGGAGCUGCUCCACGCACCCCAGGAGCCCCCCGCGGCGCAGAGCUUCCACGGCUGCCUGUACCGGACGACCCCGGACCCCGCGCAGCUGGGCGCGGCUUACAGUGUGGGGCUGGUGGUCGCCUGCUACCUGCUGCCUUUCCUGCUCAUGUGCUUCUGCCACUAUCACAUUUGCAAAGCUGUGCGCCUGUCAGACGUGCGCGUGCGGCCCGUGACCACCUACGCACGCGUGCUGCGCUUCUUCAGCGAGGUGCGCACGGCCACCACAGUACUCAUCAUGAUAGUCUUCGUCAUCUGUUGCUGGGGCCCCUACUGCUUCUUGGUGCUCCUGGCUGCUGCCCGUCAGGCCCAGGCCACGCAGGCCCCCUCGCUCCUCAACGUGGUGGCCGUCUGGUUGACCUGGGCCAAUGGAGCCAUCAAUCCUGUCAUCUAUGCCAUUCGCAACCCCAAUAUAUCGAUGUUCCUAGGGCGCAGUCGGGAAGAGGGUUACCGGACUAGGAACGCAGAGGCUUCACUGACCAGCCAGGGCCCGGGCCUGCAGGCCAGAAGGCGUAAUCGCCUUCGAAACCGCUAUGACAAAAGGCUGGGGGUCGGCAGCAGAAUGGUUUCUUCCAAUCCGACCAGCGGCGUGGCUGGGGAUGUGGCCUUGUGGGCUCGCAAAAAUCCAGUUGUACUUUUCUGCCGGGAAUGGCCACCAGAACCUGUGACAGCAUUGGCCAAACAGCCUAAAUCUGAAGUUGGGGAUACCAGCCUCUAA